UAAUGCAAAGAUAACAAUAAGAAUCUAGUCUAUAAUAACGUCUAGGGUUUGUGUAAUAAUACCAUAAGAAUCACCCCAAUAUCAUUGAAUUUAAACCUUUGUAAGAUUAUAAGACACAAUAGAACUUAAAGUAUAUUAAUUAGUAUAUAUUCUUAAUAGGAAACCUAAAGAACUAGAAGAAUAACCUAAGUCAUCAUUAAUGGAUAAUUUAAAUAGAAUUAAUAAUCUAUAUAAAGCUGUUUCUCAACCUAGAAUUGAUGCAAAAGAAAUCAAUCCACCUUAAUAUUUUUAUAAUUAUAAAUAAGGAUGUUAGAAACCAGAAUCAAAUACUAAUAAGACAAUAAAAGAGAACUAAAUAGUUAAGACAUUUUUGAAUAAUAAUGAACUCUCUUUGAAAGAUUAUGAUUGGAAACCUACAAAAGGAAAUGCAUUUACAGCAAAAUCUACUUCUCCAAUUGAUUUCAGUGUUAAUAAAAGUCCAUUGAAUAAGGUUACUCGAACUGACUCAGUUUUAGCCAAUAAAAAAACAAAUGAACCAGGAGUAACAUUUUUAAGAGGUCUAUAUUGA